UAGGACACGCCGAUAAGAGCGUUUGUGUAUUCUGUUGAGCUACGCGAGUCACGAGCGAUAACCGCGCACGCGCUUUCGCGAUCUCAGUGAUCCUAAAUAGUUUGGAAAUAAAAAUUCAUGUUGCGAAAUCGCAAAUCAACAUAAGUGACAGUUUGAGACAUUCCUGAUUUCGGGAUAUUCAUAGAUAGAGAGAUAUAGAGUUUGAUUUAUUAUGACCGUGUAGAAAACAAAAUUUCAAUGUCCUGACAAUCUGACAACUCUUAGUGUAAAAGCGGUUACGGUGCAAGUUUGAGUGUAGAAAAGUGUUGUAAUGGGGCAGGGUGGCUGUACGAGGUAGGCCACGUGAAGAUGAGCGCGGUAUGUGCGCUGGACGCAGGCGGGCGGGUGUCGCUGCAGCAGAUCUUGCAGGCGUUCAAUUCCAACGUAAGCGAGGAACACGCAUGGGCACUGUGCCAUCAGGCGGCGCGCUGCUUUCAGCGAUGUUUGUCUUCCGGCACCUCGCCACCGCCCGCCUGCUUUCUGCCAACACGGCCCUCGCAUCUGCUGCUGCAUGCCGAUGGCUCCGUGCACCCCGACACGCUGCUCGACCCCACAGAUGACAGUAGCAGGCCUAGAGUUAAAUCAGAAUAUGAGGUAGUGGUGAGCUUGGGGCUGGUGGUGUACCGCGCCCUGGACCACACGCACGGCGAUGACGAGGAGCGGCUCAUCUCGCCCGACCUCGAGGCGCUCAUCUCCGACAUGACUCUCUCUAACGGAAACCUUACAGAAGAAGAGGAGGAGUGCGGUCUGUCGGAAUCGCUGGAAAGCGUGCGCGCCGGCGAUACCGACGACGAGGGCAUCGAGAGAGACGCCGAACCGCCACGAGUUCGUCAGCGACGCCUCGCGCUGUUCCUGCUCGAGGACGUCAUCGAGCGCUGCGCGUGGCACGCGGGGGUGGGUCGCGGCAGAGGCGCGCGAGAGACUGCGGCGGCGCACUACCGCGCCGUGUGCCGGGCGCUGGUCGCCGAGGCGCUGGAGCUGGCGUCCUUCUUGGCGCGAGUCAGGGUCACCGCCGCCAGGGACCUAGGCGCCGCGGAUGACUCCGCUUCGCAUCUCGACACGCUGCAGUUCUCCGACUGGUCCAACCGCAGGAUCUGGAGGGCCCUUCAAGCGCGGUUCUGGAUGCAGGUGAUCGGCGAGUUGCGCAUGGGCGUAAAGCUGAAGAAGGUGAGCCACUCGCGCACGCCCAUCGAGUACGAGUUGACGCCCUACGAGAUCCUCAUGGACGACAUCCGCUCGCGGCGAUACAAGCUGCGCAAGGUGGACUCCAGCAUCCCGCACAAUGUCAAGAAAGACGCACACGCUAUGAUUCUCGAAUUUAUUAGAAGCAGACCUCCUCUCAAAAAGGCGUCGGAGCGCCAACUGCCCCCGGCCAAGCGGGAGACCACGCCUCGGGAGCAGCUGCUGCGCUCCAUCCGCCUGGGCCGGCCGCUGCGGCCUACGCCACGAGUCAACAUAGAGCGGAGAAAAAGCGAGGCGAAGGUGCGGCGGCGGCGAGUGUCCCCCGUGGGGGGACGCAGCCCCGACGAGCCGCCGCUGGACGUCGCUCAGCACAAGGCCUACUGGGGCAGCGUCGCUCGCGCCCGACCUCGCACCGAGGCAAGCGGCAGCGUGAGCGGCGGCGCGUCGGAGGACAGGCGAGCUGGAAGUGACGUCACGCGACGAACGAGCGGUGACGUCACGCCGCACACGCAGCCGCGCAGGAGACUCAUCAAAGUUGACUUCAAUAACCUUGAAGAUGACGAAGACGACGAGGAGACGGAGAAGUGCGCGUCUCCCCCGCGGCCUCUGCCCAGGCACUCGGCGCCGCCCAAGCCCUGGAAGAGAACCGCUUCCCGACCGAGAGUGCCGCCGCGGGCGCGUCUCUCGCACGACGAGUACCACCAGUUCUGCGACGAGACCCUCGAAUCGUACGACCUGGCGACGCAGUGCCCGUCACGGCGCGCCUCCGUGCGGCGGCACUCGGUGGCGAACGCGGCGACGGGGCCCACCGGGGCGCCGGGCGCUCAGUCGGUGCCCCAUUCGAGGCCCGAGUCGCGGGGCUCCAUCGGCGGCCUGAGCGACGACGCCGAGUCGAGUUGGUCCCGCUCGUCCCUGAGGGACGACCUCGUCGAGUCGAAGCGGUGGCGGGACGCGCUGCUGAGCGAGGAGCGGCUGUCGCUGACCCUCGAGGAGAUCGUGCACAUCCGGUCGGUCCUCACCAAGGCGGAGCUGGAGGUGCUGCCCGUCGAGGGCCGCGUCAAGGAGGACGUCGAGAAGAGGCGCGUGUGCUUCCUCUGCCUCAAGACCCGCUUCGGCAUCUUCGGGCCCUGGGGGCAGAGGUGCAAGCUGUGCAAGAGGACCGUCUGCCACCGCUGUUGCACCAAGAUGCGCAUCCCGACGGAGCAUUUCGCGCACGUGCCCGUGGUGCUACUGAGCCCUUCGCUGCUGCCUUCACCCACCGACGAGGAGCCCCCGCCUCCGCCUCGCUCGCUGCUGGCUCGGCUCGCCGCCCCGGGCGGCAGCGUGGAGAACAGCGUGGGCAGCGCGCCGAGCAGCCCGGGCGCCCCGCGGCGGGCGGCGGCGUCGGAGGGCGGCGGGUCGGAGGGCGGCGGGUCGGCGCCGGGGUCGCGGGGGGGCUCGGCGCUCGGGUGGUGGGACGGCGGCGCCAUGACGCGCAGCGUCGAGGGUCCCGCCAGCCUUCCGGCCGCCGAGAGGCUGCGCGGCGUACCGAUGGCCGUGUGCCUCGACUGCAAGGCGCUGGUGCUGCAGAUCAUCAAGUCGUCCCGCGCCUGUCGCUCGGCGGAGCGAGACCGCGCUCUGCGGCACCUCACGCUCGACCUGACACCCCUCUACCCCGCCACCGACCGCUAGCGAGCGGGUCGCGUUUACGAAGUGAAAAGCGAGACGCAUAUUUCCCAAUAAAACUAUUUGACCCCCCGAAGCGCGUCCCCCGACGACGACCUGAUGCCGUGCCAUAUUAUUAUCACCGGACCCCUCGACGACUCGUGAUUCGAUCGCACGCCACCUCUUCGAUUCAUCUUAGGUAUUAUUAUGAAGAUAAAACCAAAACUGAACUCACGUUUGAUAUUUCGUUUACGCUUCUCAACAUUCACUCAACUUGACACAAGCUGUCGUCCUCUUCGUUCCUGUGAACGCUUCUUCGCCUCCGCUCGUUCGUUCUAUUAUUUGUUCCGAGAGCGAAAUUUAACAAUUGUAUAUAUUAAGGAAAAUUAUUCACUUUAGCUUUAAGUUUGAUGGAAAAUAUGUGUAAUACACGCGUCGGUAUGUCUCGCGUAGAGCUGUCUCGCCACAAAACUAUUGUUCUUUGAAAAAAUUUAUCUUAAAACUGUUAUUUAUUAAACCGAGAGAAGAGUACGGCCGCCACGGAGUCGGUCUUGUGAUGAAAUCCAUCCAGUGUUUGCGAAAACAGAUGCUUUUCUUUCUUAAUUCUCUCCUGGCGAAGAUCGCCCGGCUCUUGGAGACGAACGGCACCGGCAGGCGCCGGAUGGAUCUCAUCUCGAAACCUUAAGAUUGUAAUAUAGUGUACUUAUAAUUAUGAGAUUAGAUGUUAUAACAGAAUGUGAAAAGAAUGAUAAAAUAUAUUAAAAUAAUUUUAAACUCC